AUGUCCAAGAAGGGUGCCAGCAGCCGAGCUAGAGGGGAGAAGCCGGACGCCUUGGCCGCCUUGCAGGCUGCCAAUGAAGAGCUCAGGGCCAAGCUCACUGACAUCCAGAUAGAGCUCCAGCAAGAAAAGAGUAAGGUCAGCAAGUUGGAAAGAGAGAAAAAUCAGGAAGUUAAGCAGAUCAAAGAGCACGAACAGCAUAAAAGUACAGUGGUGGUAACGGAGCUCAAAGUCAAACUUCAUGAAGAGAAAAUGAAGGAGCUCCAAGCUGUUCGAGAAGCACUUUUGAGACAGCAUGAAGCUGAACUACUUAGAGUAAUAAAAAUUAAAGAUAAUGAAAUCCAGAGACUACAGACCCUUCUCAAUGCUGUACGCGAUGGGGCUCCUGACAAGGUGAAAACGGUGCUGCUCACGGAGGCGAAGGAGGAGGCCAAGAAGGGGUUUGAAGUUGAGAAAAUAAAAAUGCAGCAAGAAAUUUCAGAGCUGAAGGGGGCUAAGAAACAAGUGGAAGAGGCUUUAACUAUGGUCAUCCAAGCUGACAAAAUUAAAGCAGCAGAGAUAAGGAGUGUGUAUCACCUGCAUCAAGAGGAAAUCAGCAGAAUUAAGAGGGAGUGUGAGAGAGAAAUUCGUAGACUGAUGGAGGAGAUUAAGUUUAAAGACAGAGCAGUCUACGUGCUGGAGAGAGAGUUAGGGGUUCAAGCCGGGCAUGCUCAGAGACUGCAGCUCCAAAAGGAGGCUUUAGAUGAACAACUUUCCCAGAUCAAAGAGUCUGAUCGGCAUCUGAGCAGCCCCAAGCGGGAACUUCCUUAUGCAAGUGGUGCAGGAGACGCUUCAGAUCAUUCGGGAAGCCCCCAGUUGGAUGAAAAGGAUGCCCGGCGUUUCCAACUUAAAAUCGCUGAGCUGAGUGCCAUCAUCAGGAAGCUGGAGGACCGGAACGCUCUGCUGUCGGAGGAGAGAAAUGAGCUGUUAAAACGUCUUAGAGAAGCUGAAAGUCAGUAUAAGCCCAUUUUGGACAAAAAUAAACGCCUUAGUAGGAAGAAUGAAGAAUUGUCACAUGCCUUACGUCGAAUGGAAAAUAAAUUAAAAUUUGUAACGCAAGAAAAUAUAGCAAUGAGGCAAAGAGCUGGCACAAUAAGGAGACCGAGCUCUUUAAAUGACCUUGACCACAGCCAGGAAGAAAGAGAAGUUGAUUUCCUGAGACUACAAGUUAUUGAACAGCAAAAUAUCAUUGAUGAACUCUCCAAGACACUAGAAACUGCUGGCUAUGUGAAGAGUGUCAUGGAACGUGAUAAGCUGUUAAGGUAUAGGAAGCAAAGGAAAAAAAUGACAAGAAUUCCUAAGAAGCCGGUUGUGGAGACGUUUUUCGGCUACGAUGAAGAAGCUUCCUUGGAGUCUGAUGGUUCCUCUAUCUCGUAUCAAACGGACCGGACAGAUCAAACCCCUUGCACUCCUGAAGAUGACUUGGAAGAGGGCAUGGCCAAGGAAGAGACAGAACUGCGGUUUCGGCAGCUGACGAUGGAGUACCAGGCUCUGCAACGAGCAUACGCCCUAUUGCAAGAACAGGUCGGAGGAACAUUGGAUGCAGAACGAGAAGUUAAGACACGUGAGCAGCUCCAAGCAGAAAUACACCGAUCUCAGGCUCAGAUAGAAGACCUGGAGAAGGCCCUCGCUGAGCAGGGGCAGGACAUGAAGUGGAUUGAGGAGAAGCAAGCAUUGUAUAGAAGAAAUCAAGAACUGGUAGAAAAGAUAAAACAAAUGGAAGCCGAGGAGGCUCGCUUAAAACAUGAUGUCCAGGACGUGAAGGAUCAAAACGAGCUCCUGGAGUUCAGGAUCUUGGAGCUUGAAGAGAGAGAAAGACGAUCGCCUGCCAUCAACUUCCAUCACGGUCCUUUUACAGAGGGGAAAAGCCCUCUCCAAGUCUACUGCGAGGCAGAAGGUGUAACAGACAUAGUAGUAGCAGAGCUGAUGAAAAAAUUGGACAUUUUAGGGGAUAACGCCAAUCUGACCAACGAAGAGCAAGUAGUUGUCAUACAAGCAAGGACAGUUCUCACAUUGGCUGAAAAGGUAAUAACAACUGCAUCAUUCGUCAGCUUAAGCACCUGCUCUCUGUUUUGUGCACAGUGGCUACAGCAGAUAGAAGUGACGGAGUCUGCACUGCAGCAGAAGAUGCUGGACCUUGAGAAUGAAAAGGAGCUGUUCAGCAAGCAAAAGGGCUACCUGGAUGAUGAGCUCGACUUCAGGAAACAGUCCUUGGACCAGGCUCACAAGCAAAUUCUGGAAUUAGAAGCCAUGCUCUAUGAUGCCCUGCAGCAAGAAGCUGGAGCCAAAAUUUCCGAACUUCUUUCAGAAGAGGAGAAAGAGAAACUGAAGAGCGCCGUAGAGCAAUGGAAGCGGCAGGUCAUGAGCGAGCUCCGGGAGAGGGACGCCCAAAUCCUGCGAGAAAGGAUGGAGCUCAUUCAACACGCACAGCAGAGAAUUAAAGAGCUAGAAGAAAGAAUUGAAGGCCAAAAAAGACAAAUAAAAGAGUUAGAGGAAAAGUUUUUAUUUUUGUUUUUAUUUUUCUCUUUAGCUUUCAUUCUUUGGUCAUAG